GGCCGUACAUGAACUCCAUUGCCCCUCCUCUGCCCUCUGGUCGGUACAUCCUUGCCAGUUGAUGAGCAUUCAUCUAUUCCUCCUCAAGCUAAUAGGAUCAACGACAGGAGCCGGCGGGCGUAUGAUUUGUGUAUAGGGGGCAACGAAAGCCUCUUGCACGUGCCCAGUUCAAGGCGAGUUAAUAAUUCCGUACGAGUUACGAUCAUUCAACCAGAUCCAUGUUAGCUCGUUUAGGUCGGCCCGGCCGUAAUCGUGGCGACCGUGCGAGCCGUCUAGCCGCCGAUUGAUGGAAGGGGGGAGUAAUGCUCACGGGACGGCGGGCGAGCCCAACGCCAAUGCUCAUCAACAAAACGAGGAUGCUGCUAGCGCCAGCAAGUUGCCGUUGGUGGUGCCGGCGCCGGAGAAGGAGGAGGAGCACGGUAACGGCGCGCCGAUGACCCCGGGCGCCCCCGUGGGCGUGCCGCGCGGGUGCUGCGCGGUGUACGUGGGCGCGGAGCAUCGGCGGUUCGUGGUGCCGACAGCGUACCUGGGCAACCCUGUAUUCCGGCGGCUGCUGGAGAAGGCGGAGGAGGAGUUCGAGUUCGUUUACGUGGGCGGCGCGCUCACCAUCCCCUGCGACACGGAGUCCUUCAAGUACAUCCUCGCCGUCAUGGAGAGGCACCGGAAGGGCCUCGUCGUCGUCGACCACGAAGGGAAUGCCACGGAGACGCCCAAGACGGCAGCAGGUGGAUCAGCAUCAUCAUCGCCGGGUAAUCCGGAAUAUGGUUGGGACAAAACGUGACCGGACCGGAGCAACGGCCACAUGCACUACUACUGUAGAUACUUCCUCAGUGAUGGUCGCAGUUCCGUUGGAAGAGAUCAUGCAUCAGCGACUGAAUCCGAUUAGGGGAAUGCCGUCCUUUUGUUCGAUUUUGUGACAUCGUGAUGCUUGCCCUUGCGUCUGGACAUGCUCCAAUGGAAAUUGUGAGAUCGAGUCGCAGUGUGUUUUACUGCUAUCUGCAAGAACCGCAUGAAGGCAUCUUAUGAUUUACUGUAAACUAGUAGGGUGAUCCACGCAUUUGCGAUGCUAAAUUUAUAUAGUAUUGUCAUAGUUGUUGUUUUAGAUUUUGAUAUGGCAUUUUGUUCAUAGCUUUGGUCAUUAUUAUUGUAUAAACAUGCACUUAUGCAGAUCAACUAAUGAUUGUAUUAUUAAGUGGUUGGUGAUGAAA